UAGAAAGUCACUAAUUAAACGUAUUUCCAUUGUGAAAUGGCCACAAGUUUCAAAGGAGAAAAAUGCAGGAGCGAAGAUAACAGGGAUCCUUCACCAAGAAAAGAUAAGGCGGCAGUGAGAAUGGGGGACGCAGCGUUAGUGUAAACAAAGGAAGGCAGAAAUGCAAGAAGGAGGUCAGUGUUGCGGCAGCAUUGAACUCUGGUGGCAAACUCCUUGGAUUCUCCUUGGAUUCUCAGGCUGUGGAUCCUGAAAACAGGCUCGUCAUUGUCACUCCGCCCACCUCCGAGUAGAAGCCACCACCAGCCUAGCCGAAGGGGCGCCCCCUGCUGCGCGCCCUGGGUCUUAUUGGGCAACGUGAGGGAAGCGGAAUUUGGAAGCGGACGGCGGGAGCGGAAGCCGCGCGUGCGCGUGCGCGUGCACGCUCGCGUUCCCAGUGCGCCUGCGCGCGGCAGGGUGGGCCCGGUGUAACCGCAGCCUGACUUGGCUACCGAAGCGUGGCCCAUGGGCCGGGUGUCCGGUUGCCGUUCUCCUGAGGGCACCCUUGGCGCCCGGCGACGGUGGCACAGCUCCUCGGGGACCGCGCCACCCCCGUGGGCUGAGUGUCCCCCCACCAGCGGCGUUUCGGGACCUCCCUCUCCCGGCCCAAGACUUCUAUGGAGUGGAGCAGACCACAGCCCUUGCCACCCAGGUAGGCGCUCGGUGUCCGGAGUGCGGGACCCAGGGCAGCGCAGGUACGGGCCCUCAUCCUGCUCUGUCUACUGUGGCGGAUACCGCUUUGCGAGCGACUGGCAGUGGACGCAAGACUACGAGAAAGAGGAGGACAGCUGUUGGCAGAGGAGGCUGAAGAAGAGGGAGAGGAUUGGGGAGCUGGGCGCCCCUGAGGUGUGGGGGCUGUCACCAGAGCCUCCUGAGCCGGAUUCCGAUGAACAGACUCCAUUUGAAGAUGAAGUAAAACAUCAGAAAAGCAGUGACUCAGAAUCCAAUCCCGAAGAAAAGAGGAAGAGGACCAGUUCGAAAAAGAAAAAGAAAAAGCCCUCUAAAAGAAAGCAUAGAAAAUAUUCCGAUAAUGACAAUUAUUCAGAGACUGACACUAAUUCCAGCUCUGAUGAUGAUAAAAAGAGAGUUAGAAAAAGGAAAAACAAAAGGAGAAAAAAACAUGAAACAAAAUCCAAGAGAAAGAGUAAGAGGAUGAAAAAUAUCAAUGACACAAGUUGUAGAAUUUCAGGAGGGAAGUUUCGAAAAAAUAUCUGGAUUGAGCAAUCAAAGACUGCAGAUACCACGAGUUUAUUAAUUGGUCCAGAAGCCCCCAUAGUGUGUACCUCGCAAGAUGAGAAGCCUCUAAGUUAUGGCCAUGCUCUGCUUCCCGGAGAAGGUGCUGCUAUGGCAGAAUAUGUAAAAGCUGGAAAGCGAAUCCCACGAAGAGGUGAAAUUGGAUUGACAAGUGAAGAGAUUGCCUCGUUUGAAUGCUCAGGUUAUGUCAUGAGUGGUAGCAGACAUCGAAGAAUGGAAGCUGUCCGUCUGCGGAAAGAGAACCAGAUUUAUAGUGCUGAUGAGAAGAGAGCCCUCGCAUCCUUUAACCAAGAAGAGAGACGCAACAGAGAGAAUAAGAUUCUAGCCAGCUUUCGAGAGAUGGUGUACAGAAAGACGAAAGGGAAAGAUGACAAGUAAAGAUAUGUUUAUUACACAGCACGACUUUUUACAACAGAAGUUUUAUAAGAUCACUUUAUGCUUGGUAUUAUAAUUCUUUACAGUGCUUUUUGUAUUUUGUUGGCAGGUUCCUCAGGAAAAAGCUACUUUUUGAGAUAUUUAGCAAUUUGGGGGCACAUUGGUUUUUUUCUAAAGUAAUAUGUGCACAUUUUUUAAAAGAUGCAAACAUUACAGGACUAGAGUUACUAAAAAGUGACCCUGUCAUCACAAUCCCUGAAUACCUUCCCCAGAGAAACUUCAUUUUGGUAUUGUUCCUAAUUUUGUGUGUAUGCAAAGACAUUUUGUAGAAUAAAGCUGGCUUUGACUAUUCAAACCCAACUGCUGAUUAAAGAAGACAGGCUUUAUCAAUAAAAUAAGAUUUUUUAAAACUUAA